AUGGCGCCGUCCACGGCCUCCCACCGACCCAUCAAAGGAAUCUUGAAGAACAAGACCGUGGCAGCUCCCUCUGUGGUGGCCUCAGCCCAGCAUCCCGGCUCGAACGUGGACGAGGAACUGAGUAAAAAGUCUCAGAAGUGGGAUGAAAUGAACAUCCUGGCUACGUAUCACCCAGCAGACAAAGACUAUGGUUUAAUGAAAAUAGAUGAACCAAGCACUCCUUACCAUAGUAUGAUAGGUGAUGAUGAAGAUGCAUAUAGUGAUUCAGAAGCGAAUGAAGCCAUGACUCCAGAUAUCUUAGCUAAGAAAUUAGCUGCUGCUGAAGGCUCAGAGCCAAAGUAUGGGGUUCAGGAACAAGAAAGCAGUGAAGAAGAAGAAGAAAAUGACCUCUCGCCUGAAGAGCAAGAAAAAAAGCGACAAUUUGAAAUGAAAAGGAAGCUCCACUACAAUGAAGGACUGAAUAUUGAACUAGCUAGACAGUUAAUUUCAAAAGACCUACACGGUGAUGAGGAAGAUGAAGAAAUGUCAGAGACAGAUCGAGAAAGCAUGAAUAUUGAAGACUCAAAUCAAGGAUAG